CACAACACAUUCAUUCACAUAAGGGAGGGCUACAUCCAGAGCUGAGUUAGAGUGAUCCACUCUGUUUGCCACAGGAACAUCACUUCUUCUUGCUGGUAUUUACUUAGACUUAAGUUUUCAGAAAAAAAAGAAAAGGUUUUGUACUAACCAGAGUACAAAAUGAGGUUUUUGAUUUUUUUUUUGGGGACGAUUCUCACUUUGUAUCAGAUUGGGAGUAAUCCAGCCAGUGCUGGGAUGUGCUGGCUGCAACAGAGUCAAGACCAAAGGUGCGACAUGGUGCUGAUGAGAGGGGUGACCAGAGAGGAGUGCUGUGCCGGGGACCGCCUGGACACAGCGUGGUCCAACACCAGCCUGCCCAUGAAUGAGGUCAGCCUGCUGGGCUUCCUAGGAAUCGUCUCCUGUAAACCAUGCAAAGAGACUUGUGAGGGGGUCACAUGCAGUCCUGGGAAGGUCUGCAAGAUGAAGACGGGAAGGCCUCAGUGUGUGUGCUCUCCAGACUGCUCUCACAUUUCCCUGAUGAAUGCUGUGUGCGGCAGUGAUGGAAAGACGUAUAAGGAUGAGUGUGCUCUGUUGAUGGCCCGCUGCAUGGGACACCCAGACCUGGAGGUCAUGUACCAGGGAGAGUGCAAAAAGUCAUGCUCCAACGUGGUGUGUCCUGGAACUCACACCUGCGUAACUGACCAGACCAACAGUGCUCACUGUGUCAUGUGCCGCGCAACACCUUGCCCGAUACCCAUGCCGUCUGAGCAGCCAAUCUGUGGCAAUGACAACAUCACCUACCCCAGCGCCUGCCACCUCCGCCGGGCCACCUGCUUCCUCGGCCGCUCCAUAGGAGUACGCCACUACGGCAACUGCAACAAUCCCCCUCGGAAAGAUCACGAUUUGGACGGCAGUGAAGAAAACGCAGUCUAGAUUGACAAUUCCUGACACAGCCCUUUUCAAGAGAUGAGUUGGUUUCCAAGCGUCACACCACUAGCUUCCUGUGAUGACCUCUGUCUUUGACAACCCCCCCCCCCCGUACACACAACAACGAUCAAUUUAAUAGGGAAGACCGCUAUUGGAAGACACACUUUAACGUAACUGCCUCAAAAAGAGCAAAAAAAACCUGUGAGCAAUUUCUGUUGAUCUUGUGUUAGUUCGGAAGUUAGAGGCAGAGGGAAGCAUGUGUCUCGAGACAGAAAUAUCUCAUGAGCUCUUUGGGAGAUGUGUGCAUAUUGUAAAUAGAAUGCCACUACUAUUUAUUGGAGAAGGUAUCAAACUCUAUUUAUGUUUUUAUCUCAGUAACAACUCCAUAUAUCCUUGGGAAAGCUGAUGCAAAAAAAAAAAAGUAUUUAUUGUGUUUUGUUUAUUGUGUAUGUACAAUAGCAGUCACUGGCAUUGGCAUUUUACAACUUUUUUUUUUUUUUACAUUUUUUAUGCUCUCAAUUCCCCACAAACAAACAGUUUUCCCUCUUAAGCUGAUGGAAAGCAAUGCUAAUUUGUUUGGAAAAUUGAUACCACUUUAUAGCCUGCCAGUGUGGUUUCAAUCCACCACAAACAAGAACAGGGCAACUACAGCUGUACUGCAUGUACUUCAGCUUUUGUCUUGGAGUUGAGGAAGGGGUUCAGCCUAAACAAACCUGUAUAGUCUCUCUCCCGCGUUCCCCCCACACAUGUUUACUCUGGAUCCUGAUCCAAACUCUUGGCCAGCCGCUGAUCACGAAUGUUAACAGUUUGGUUGUGUUUGUAGUCGUCUCAGAAGACUGUUCAUACAACCCCAAGUCCUCUACAAUACCUCCUCUGUUUUGUAAAUGCGUUUUUGUAGGUCAUGCUAGUUCAUUUCGAUGCUUUUUUGCUGCUCUGACUCGAUUGGAAAUUUAUUUUUAAAGAACUUAUUAGACAGACAAAUGUAAUUAGCAUCAUCUGAUUGAAAGGAAAAUUGAUUAUUUCUGGGAAUGGACUGCAAUUGAGGCCAACUGAGCAUACCUGAGUAUACCGCCAUCAGAGAUGAGUCAAUCUCUCCAGUGUUGACACUGGUAAACCUGGUAGAUAUCAAUAAAAAUGGUCAAGUGAUCCAGUUUAAUCUUUUAAAAAAUCAAAGAAAAUAUCUAAAUACUUUAAAUAAUCUUUAAAGUGUAUAAUGGAACAUUUUAAUGACUCUCCUGUAAAUACCAAUUUCAUGUGUACCUACCUGUGUACCUACUGUGAAAGCUGAAUGAUAAAUGCAUCAACAUAUUUUUGUAUUUUUGUACUGCCACUUCAAAACAACAUAAAGUUUAAUAUUUGUCACAAUG